AUGACGAAUCUUGUCAAGCCGCCCCGCUUCGCGUAUGCAACGUCCACCUCAUCCGCACAGACUUCGCAGACUUUGUGGGAAACAGCGACGUCUCGCGUUGAUCAGCGCGACGGUCUAGCCUCAACCUUAUACUGCGGAACCAAUGGUUGUCAAUACGAAAAAUAUUGCUCCUCCAUUUGGAAAUAUCAUCAUGGACUGCGGAUGUUCGUCUACUGGGAAGGGUUGUUCAUGCGGUUCGGACUGCAGCUGCUCCAACUGCCUCAGUUCGACUCCACGUCUAGUCUGCUAGUGUGGUUACGAGAGCAGUGGAAAUUUGACUCAGCUCGCAUAUUAGAUAUGCAAGACUGA